UUUUGGAGGGUGGAGUUGUUUACUAAGGUUUCUACUGAAAUGAAAGUGAAUAAAAGGAAAGGGUUGGGUCUAGUGUGGAGAAGUAAAACAGGUUUAAUAAAAUUUCCAACAGGAGAAAAAAGUAAAUCUAUCGGAUAAUUAUAAGUCGGGUGUCUGGAUUGUUCAGUCAUGUCAGACUCUUUGUACUUCCCAGAGGAGGAUUUGACAUGCCUCAUCUGUUGUGAUGUCUUCACUGAUCCGGUAACUCUGAAAUGUAGCCACAGUUUUUGCUCUGAAUGCCUCCAGCGUUUCUGGUCGACUCAAGAAGAGCUGUGGUGUCCGGUCUGCCGUAAGAAAUGCUCGAGUGACGAACCCACCAAGAGCCUGGCAUUCAGAGCGCUCUGUGAAUCCUUCAAGAUUAGAAAACCCACAGCCGAUUCAGGAGACGUUUGUCCGCUGCAUAAAGAGACACUCAAACUCUUCUGCUUUGAUGACAAGAAGCCCAUCUGUGUGGUGUGUUACACUUCAAAGAAGCAUGAAAAUCACAAGUGUUCUCCUGUCAGUGAGGCUGCUGGGAACUUAAAGGAGAUUGUCAAAGAAAAAAUGGACAGACUUCAGAUGACCUUUGCUGACUUUAAGAAAGCCCAUGAGAGCUGUGUGGAAGAGGCUGAGCUCAUUAAGGAACACACCAGUGUAGAAGAAAGCAAGAUCAAGGAGGAAUUUGAGAAGCUCCAUCAGUUUCUUAGAGAGGAAGAGGAGAAACGGAUCGGAGCGUUGCGUAAAGAAAUGCAAAAUCGAGAUGAGAAACUCGAGGCCAGAAUGGAGGAUCUGUCCACACAGAUGUCAGAUCUGUCUGAGAGGAUGGCAACUCUCUGGCAGCUCUUGGAUGCUGAAAACAUCACUUUUCUCCAGAAUUACGAUGAUACAAUGAAAAAAUUCAAUCACCCAUCAUCCCCAGACAUGACCCCUGAAAUGGAGGAAUUUCAACCCCAUCCCAUUCAGACACUGAUCUUCACCACCUGGGCCAGAAUGCAGAACCUUGUGGAACAGCCUCCUGUGACUCUGGACCCAGACACAGCAGCAGCUAAACUGAGGGUGUCACAGGAUUGCACCAGUGUUCAGUACGUGGAAGAGAAAAUGUUUGUGUCUGAUACCCCAGAGAGGCUGUAUGUGGGAGUGUUGGCCUCAGAGGGCUUUAGCUCGGGUCUGCACUGCUGGGACGUGGAGGUGGGAGACAACGACCACUGGACACUGGGAGUGAUGGGGGAAACAGUGAACCGCAAAAAACUUUGCAAAAUGGAUCCAAUGAGUCGUUUUUGGUGUUUACGUUACGUGGAUGGGAUAUACAAGAAAGGUCGUAAACCUGCCAAAGAUAUUGAUGACGAUGAGAUGCCGAAUAUCAUCCGACUGCAGCUGGACUUUUACGAAGGACAGCUGAGUUUCAUCGAUCCCUUCAGAAACCGAAUUUUGUGCUCCUACACAGGUGGGUUUCCAGAGAGGGUGUUCCCAUAUUUCUGCACUGGAGACGUGGACACGCCACUUAAUGUUUUUCCGGCAAAUCAACAACAAGAGUAAACCACAACUAACGUGAUGUAUUAUUUACACAUGUUGUGUUUCAUGCAUGUGCCAUCUUUCUUUAAAGGUGCAUUGCGCAACAUUUCAUAGCCGUUUUCUAACCCAUACAUGCUUAAACAAUCGCCUGAUGGGCUGAAUGAGCCCUUCUCUGAUCACUGAGAUCGCCUGUACAGUAAAAUAAAUAAGAGCGAUUCGGGCUCGAGACUGGCCGUGACGUCAUGCGCGUUCACGCUGGCCUGGCUAUGUGCCUGUCUUGCAGGUUAGUGUAUUCGCCGCCAUUCUCCGUAUCAGAGAAGACAACUCGAGCGACACAACUUUAGUCAACUUUCCACAAAAGUAGA